UGCCGUGAUUUGUGUAUUAUCGUGUGGAAAAGCGUCGGCCCCACAUUUUCUUAUAGAAACAUUCCACGAUGAGUGUGCUCAGCCAUGUAAUGAAAUUCGAACAGAUGACAAAAAUCCCGUUGGAUUACGAAAAAUAUAAUGACCAACCCGCGGAGCCUUACGAGAUGAAUGUUUUGAGUCAAGUAAUAAGCAACGAGCAGAUGACGAAGAUUACAUCAGGAUUUCGGAGAUUAGGUGAUAGAUGUUACUUGGACAAUGCCGGUGCAACAUUAUAUCCAGCAAAUUUACUUGAUACCAUCAAUGAUGAUUUAGUCAACAAUGUCUACAUGAACCCUCACACAGAUAAAUACACUAAAGACUGCUUAGAGCAGAUAAGGUGUUUGGUACUCAAGCAUUUCAAUACUAAUCCCUCAACAUACAGUGUAGUAUUUACAUCAGGCACAACACAAUCUCUGAAGUUGGUUGCAGAAUCAUUUCAAUUUUCUGGUGUUCAAGAUAACUUAGCAAGCGGUUCUUUUGUAUACUUAAGAGACAAUCAUACCUCAGUGCUUGGUUUAAGAGAAAUCGCUACUGAUAAAAAUGCUGAUAUUAUUCACAUAUCUCAUGAUGAUUUUCUAGAAUCGUUGGCUAGCACACAACAAACAGCAUGGCGAGAUAGCAAUGAUGCUAACACAUUAUUUGUGUAUCCCGCACAAAGCAAUUUCAAUGGAUACAAGUAUCCAAUAGAUUGUAUAGACAAGAUAAAAAGUGGAUGUCUCAAUCAUUAUGUCAAGAAACAUUUGUGCAAAAUCAAUUGUAAUUGGUAUAUACUCCUUGAUGCAGCAUCAUAUGUCUCCACAAACAAAUUAGAUUUAUCAGAGAAUCAGCCUGACUUUGUCUGCAUGUCUUUUUAUAAAAUAUUUGGAUUCCCAACAGGCCUCGGUGCUCUCUUGAUUAAAAACAGCAGUGGGAAUGUGUUGAGUCAAAAAAGAUAUUUUGGUGGCGGUACAGUUGAUGCACUUUUAAGUGAUGAAGAUUAUCAUAUAAAAAGAGAAAUUCUACAUGAAAGGUUUGAAGAUGGCACAGUAUCAUUCUUAUCAAUACUGGCUUUGAAACAUUGUUUUGAUAAUUUAAACAAAUUAAUUCCUAAAGUUAUUAAUAAUGACCUCAUGGAUACAAUAUCUCAUCAUUCAUAUUACUUAGCUAAGGACUUGUAUCAACAGCUAUUAUUAUUAAAACAUAAUAAUGGUGCCAAAGCUGUUAUGCUUUACAUGGAUUCAGAAUUUAAUGACAUCAGUAAGCAAGGAAGUAUAGUGACAUUUAAUUUAAUGAGAGAAAAUGGCACAUACAUAGGAUAUACAGAGUUUCAACAUAUGGCAGAUCUAUUUAAUCUAAGUGUUAGAACUGGAUGCUUUUGCAACUCGGGAUCUUGUCAAAGACACCUCAUGAUGACAAACAAAGAUAUGAAGGAAAUGUACAAAGCAGGACACAGAUGUGGUGAUGAAGUAGACCUAAUUCAUGGAAAGCCUACUGGAGCUAUUAGAGUCUCAUUUGGAUAUUAUAAUACUUUUAAUGAUGUUGACAAAUUGAUAACUAUGAUUUGUAAAUGUUUUGUUAAAACAACUGUUACAAAACCAAAGCGAUAUACAGAUUACAAUGUGAAUGAAACAAAGAAAGUAAUAAAGCCAGACAAGCCUAACAGCAUUUUCCAUAGGUUAAUAAAUGACACAGCUUAUUUCAGAGAUAUCAAAAACAUAUUAAACAUUCCUCAUGCAGACUCAAAGAUAGCAUUAAAAGAAAUAUCAAUAUUUCCUAUCAAAUCAUGUGGUGCGUUUAAAAUUGAUUCUGCAUGGAAAAUAGGUCCCAAAGGUUUUGAAUUUGAUCGAGAUUGGAUGAUAAUAAAAGAUACUGGAGUGUGUUUGACACAGAAACAAAAUUCGCGCAUGUGUAUGAUAAGACCAACAAUAGAUCUGAAACGUAGAUUAAUGAUUUUGAAUUUCAAAGGAAAAGAACCAAUUUCAGUGCCACUGGAUAUAACUACACAGGGGAAAUUUAAGAACACAUCAAUGUGCCACAGUAAAGUUUGUGCGACAUGGUUUAAAGGUUACGAUUGUGGAGAUGAUGUAGCUGAUUGGAUAUCUGAGGCGUUAGAGGUAUCGUUUCUCCGGCUUAUAAGACAAGCGGAUGAAGAUAGCAGAAUACAGAAAAAAAAGAAUAAUGAAGAUAUUAAACUUCUUUCGUUAAGUAAUCAAGCACAAUUUCUUUUGAUAAAUAAAGCCACUGUGAGAUGGUUAAGCAAACAGAUACGGGACCCAAUGUUUACAGAUGAUAUAGAUCAAUUAACAGAUCGCUUCAGAGGGAACCUUAUAAUUGAUAUGGAUGAGGAACUAGUAGAAAGAGAUUGGCAAAAAGUAUUUAUAGGAAAGCAUGAAUUUAAGGUUGAAGGCCAGUGCCCCAGGUGUCAAAUGGUGUGUAUAGACCAGCAAACGGGUGAAAAAACUGUGGAACCACUAAGGACAAUAUCAGAGCAAUUUGGAGGAAAGUUACGUUUUGGAAUAUAUUUAAGUUAUGUUGGCACCAUAGACGCGUCUAAUGACAAUGUUUUGGUAGUUUAUGCACCGAUCAAAGCUAAAGCAGAUGAUGAUAUAAGCAGAUGAAUGUAUUCAAAGAGUUAAAAUUGUUUAUAACUUAAACAUUUAUGAAAAAAUCAUAUGAAUUGAAAAUUAGUCGAAAAUAACACGGUUUUACUCACGUUAAAAAGUAUAGAAAAUUGUUAUUUGGCCAUUUUUAUCCAAAUAGAAAUUACACUGUCGUAAAAGAAAUUUUAAGAUAACAUAAUUUAUUUUAUUACUGUUUAGAGUAUGUAUGCCAAAAUAAGUUUAGAAAUAAGUACAUCUUCGUAAACCAUUGUUUUAUCAUCUUGCCAAUAUAUUACUGAUUAAAAAAUGUGUAUAUGUAAAGAGAAGCCAUAAAUAAAAUUUAACGAAUUUAAUUAUGGCUGCCUGUAAUAAGUGAGUAGAAGCAAUGCUGGAGUUGUAGUAAAAUACUAAAUAAUAUUAUUUAUGUAUUUAUCACCAAUUUAGAUCUUGAAAAGUAAUUUUUCAUUAUCUAUAGGUACUAAUUUCAGCUUUGUAUUUUAUUGUUUAGAUAAUGUUUUAUAUUGGAUUUAUGAAGUAGAAUAUUUUCUAUAUUGAUGAGUCUCAGAGUACCCAAUAUUUACAUUGGCAGCUUACUAUGCCACCUGGUGGGCAAAUUUCAAAGUGGUGGUGGAAAAUCCAUAGAUGGAUUCUCCAAAGAUAAGAUUUUUACGAUCUGGUAUAUUAUAUGUUCCUAAGAUUUAGGCUGUUGAAAUCAGAAAUUUGAAUUUAAGAUUUUUUUAUUGUUGAUAAAAUUCUGAAGUAUAAUAAUAUAAGUAAAUAGAAUAAUGUUUGGCUGUGAUGAUAUAAUAUGUAACUGAAAAAAAGCGUCAUGAUCAUUUGUAAUUAUUGCUAUGCAUUAUUUUGCCCAUACUGCCUACCCCUAUCAGACUGCUUAUUGGUAAAGACAAUUAAAUUUACUAGCGGCCUAUCUCAAUAACUUACUAAACAUGUCAGUAAUUGUUAUGCUAACUAUUGUGCUGUUUUAAUAUUAGAAACUCAGAAUACCAGAGAUCUAGUAAAGAUACCAUCCAUAACUAGUGAAUGUACCAGCUGUAGCAUCUUUUUGUACUGAGUAAUAGUAAUGUUGUUUUAAUUGUUCUAAAAUACUUUUAUGUUUUAAACUGUAGUUGUUUUUAAUAUUUUUACACUCGAUUUUACAUAAAGCAGCAGCGUAACAUAUAUGUAUAGAUGAUUCAUAGCACUGAUCUAUGAUAAUCUAUGUGAAAAACGAAAUGCAUCUCUGUAUAAGUUAAACACACCAGUCAUCAUGUUCAAAUCUCCAUAAGAUAAACUUCAUGGAUAAAUGAUUAAAUAUUUUAUUUUAUAAUCACCAAAAAUAAUUAUAUGAACUGUUUAUAAUCUGUCAGUAAGAUAUUGAGACCGGCUAUCAAACUAUGGAAAUAAUAUACUUAUAAGAGAUAAGUUGAACAGGCUUAAUUUUUCUGUCAUUGGCUCAUGUCUCUGGCAGGGCUGAAGAUGUAUAUAAGCACAAAAGCCUUAGUUACUUAGGGAAGGCAGAAGGUAUAAUUUAUACCCUAUAAGUGAUGUUGAGGUAACUAUUAUCAGGCCACCCAUUGAGGUGAGAUAUCCUUCCUAAACAAAAGGUAAACUAUAUUUAUAAUUUUAAACAAAUGGGAUAUGGGUAUAACUUUAUUUACAUAUAAAUCUACAUAUUAACUCCUAUUGUUAUUAGAUAUAACUAGAAAAACAUUGUAAUAAUAAUAAAUUAUGAUAUUGCACAGUUAA